GGUUUAGUGAUAAAAAAUUAAAGUAGACAAUCAACCCGGACCCAACACUUUAAAAGCAUAACGACAGUUCAAAUGAGAUGGCAAUAGUAAAAACUUAUGUCAAUGAUUUUGCCAGUUCAAGAAAGGCGAAAUUUUUAUUCAAUCAUUAACGGCCGAUAAUAUAGGAUGCGUUAUUGCGAUAUCUGUUUUUAGUACAUUAUGUAUUAAAUUAGAACAGCUGCGAAAUUACACACCGCUGUGAUAAUAUAACGACGCUAUAAAAGUAGGGCGCAUUAUCGCAAUAACGCAUCCGUUAUUAUAGACCCAUUAAAACGUGCAUAUGGGGUUAAGGCUAGUAUCUGUGGGCAUUUACACUUUGACAAACUGUGUCAGUUUUGAAGGUUUUCACUUUUAUAAUAACAAUCUGACACUCUAACUGACACUGUAAUAGGUAUGUGAAUUUAUAAAUUUUCUUUUGAAUAAAUAAGUUGUUGCUAACAAAAAAGUACAUCAAAAUGUUAAUACCGACUUGUGUUAUAAAAUUCUUCGAAUUGAUGCUAACUAUAGCCUGCUUGACUCUCCACCACUACAGUUACGACCUCACGGAUAUUCCGACACUGAUGCUUUGCUCAGGCACAUACAUUGGAUACGUUGUGAUACUCUCUGGAGAGAUAGUAGGUGAAGCAGUAUCAGCAGCAGCAGACGCGUACGUUGACGCGUGGUGGUCGGCGUCGGGCGGCGUGUUGUUCGGUUUAUGCGGUGCAUUGACGCUGCGUUGGUGGCGCGACGUACCCGCCUGCAUGCGACGCAGCUACGCUCAAGCGUCCGCUGUCUGCUCGCUAGCUGCCGCCGCGCUGCUCACUAUAGACGCGCUGCUUGCCGUCUGCUCAGCCCACAAAGACGACGCCAGCACUAGAACUAAGUCUAGGAAGCCCGUUUCCAAAGGUUGUUCAUAACGUGACUGAUUUGUUGAUAUUAGAGAUUUUAGAACUUCAAUUUUACUAUCGUAUAAAGUUUCAUUUGUAAUGUGUUUAAUAAAGUAUUUCAUCGAAGAUGUU